AUGGUCACACCACCAAGCCAUGGCGUGACCCUUCCAGUCAGUCUCGAAGCAGCGAGAAUCGACAGCCUACCUGCGACAGCAUACUACAUACCCAAUUUCAUCAGCGUGGAGGAGGAGCAGCUCAUAUUAGACAAAAUCACCUCGGCUCCGAAACCUCGGUGGAAGCAUCUCACACAUCGGCGUCUGCAGACGUGGCCGUCCGACCUCGUGCGUGACAAGCUCCUCGACGCCGUGCUACCGCAGUGGCUCGAAUCGCCCGUCGUGCCACGCCUCCAAUCGAUGGCCGUUUCGGCCGGUGACACCGCCCACAUCUUCGGUGCCAGCCCGCACAGCAGGCCGAAUCAUGUCCUCAUCAACGAGUAUCCGCCUGGAAUCGGCAUCAUGCCCCACAAGGAUGGCGCAGCCUACUGGCCCGUGGUCUGCACAGUCAGUCUUGGCGCGAGCCUCUGUCUCAACCUGCAUCGAAGCAAAGAAGAUGGCGCUCUGGACCCAGACCCCGCGUGGCGCAUCCUGCAAGAGCCUCGCAGUCUGCUCAUUACGACGGACAAGCUCUACACCGACUAUCUCCACGGAAUCGCCGACAUUGAAGAGGACGUCGGCCUGUCUGCCGAUACAGUCGCCAACUGGUCGUUACUUCGCGAGACCUCUGCCUUUGAAGAUGGCCGAAACGUACGCCAGACUCGCACAAGCCUCACGUACCGAGACGUGCUUCAAGUGUCCAAAGCCGCCAAUAAGAUUGGCAUGUUUUUCAAGCGGUGA